AUGGCUCUUGGACGACGUCUUGCUCAUCAUUAUCGCGAUAUGGAAAAAAAUCCACCUCCUCUAUGUUAUGCUAAACCCGAAGAUCCUAUUAAAGACUUGACUCAUUGGACUGGCUGGAUUGAAGGACCACCAGAUACACCAUAUGCUGGUGGAAGAUUUCACUUGACUAUUGAUUUUCCAUCAGACUUUCCGUUUAAACCACCUCAGAUGAAAUUUAUCACGCCUGUUUAUCAUCCAAAUAUUAGUACAAAAGGUGAAAUCUGUUUAGAUAUUCUUCAUUCCCAAUGGUCUCCUGUAUUAACAAUACGUAGUCUUUUAAUAUCAUUAUGUUCACUACUGGCAGAUCCAAAUCCAGAUCAUGGACUUAAUAAAGAAGCUCUGAAUGUCUAUCGAACCAAUCAAGAAAAAUAUAGCCAAAUAGCCAGAGAAUGGACAAAAAAAUAUGCUACAGAAGACAAAACACUCAACUAA